AUGUUAGUGGUCGGCUUUUCAUCACGCUGCCUUCUUCCCCGCUCUUCUCUUCCCCUCCCUUUUCCUCUCCCCCCUUCUCCUCCCCGCCUUGCCCCUUUUCUCCUCCCUUCUCCUCCCCUCCGUGCUCCCUGCCUUGCCAUUUCUCCCCUCCCUUUCUCCUCACUCGCCCUCGCCUACCCACUCGUUUCUCCUACACUCUCUGCUCCUCCUCCCUCGCCUCUUCCCUGCACUCUACUUCCUCUCACGACGCCCUUUCAUCCUUCCCUCUGCCCUCCAUCCCACUCUCCCCUGACACCUCCCUCGCCUCUCCCCUCUCUGCCUCCCUUCUCGCCUCUCCCCCCUCUGAACUCACACUCCCCUCUCCCCUCUCUGAACCCUCCCUCGCCUCUCCCACCCUCACUGACGUACCACAACACCCCCCUUCCCGCCUCUCAUGCUCCAACCAGUGCCUCCUCCACACCUCCCUCCACCCCCAUGCACCACACGCCCUUCUUCCUCUCCAUCCCCCUUCUCCGCAUCCCCCUUCUCACUCACCCCUCCCCUCUCCGCGCCUUCCCUCAACACUCCGCCUCCGCUCCCCCCUCCGCGUGGCUGGCCCUACCACACACCAACUGCACUAAGACAUUUUCUGCCGCGGCAGUUUCCCUGCCGCUGCCGGCCCUUGCCACUGCUGCAAUGGGGCAUGAGCGUCAACACCCCACCUCCGCCUCUAUGCAUCGCACCCUGCAGCCAGCAGCCUCAUGCACUCACCUUGGCCAGGCGUCGCCAGGGGAGAGAGAGCUAUGA